AUGUCAUUUAGUAAUACUUUUGAAGGCAAUGAAUCCAGUAAUGUAUCAGAAGAGGAAGAAUCUUGUGAUAUAAUUGAAGAAGAAUAUGAAAAAGAAUUCAGCAGCAUAUUUGGUGAAUCUGACAAUAUAUUUGAAGAGGAAGAAUCUGAUAAUACAUUUGAAAAGAAAAAAUCUGAUAAUAUAUUUAAAGAGGAAGAAUCUAGUGAUAUAUUAGAAGAACCGAUAAGUUGGCUUUCAGAACACCUUAAAAAUAAGUCUAACCCAUAUUUUGCGAACUUUACCGAAAUAUCUUUUUUUAUUUGGCACAAAGUUCAAAUAAAUAUUCGUAAAUCACCAUCCAUAUUAUUAUUAAUCAAGAAUGCAUAUACAUUAUCAAUCAUCGAUCACAUACAACAAAUUCUUAAAAAUUCUAAACUUUUCUCAAGAAUGUAUUUUGGUCCUGGUAUUGAAGAAGAAGAUAGUUCAGAAUUAUGGCAUAGAAAAAUUUGGUCAGAAUCUUCUUUAUUUAGUGAUGACACACUAAAAGUCACGCUCUCAG